CGGAAAUUCCGUUUCUUGUCUGGAUGUCGUCAUAUGCGAGAUGGUUCUGUUGACCGAGUGGAUAUUAUGAAACAAAAUAAAUACAAAAUCUAAUGUUUCGCGUAAGAAAUUAUAAUUAUAUUUUGUACGUCGAUGGACCCAAUCGCCAACUGAACAUCAUUCGCUGUAAAUCGAUUUCGCGGAUUUAUCUUUUUUAAUAUAAUUGAAGGGUGAUUGUCUACACUCCCUCUAAUUAACAAACGCCUUGUGGCUAUGACUACGGAUUUACUAUCUGAUUUGGAUACUCGUUUCUUCGCUGAUAACCUUCUGACAAGCGAGGAUUGGGAUGCCUGUCUGUACCAGUGUGAGAGCAUGGAGGAGGGAGAGGACGGAGAGUACACGAGAGGACCGAAAUAUGAAACAUCGUUUGACAACGAUCUCGUGCUGACCCUUGAUCCCGACAAUCCCACGUCGCCAUGGAGACACCUGGACGACAACCUUCUCACAGUGUUCCGGGUGAAGGCGGAGCCUCCCUCCCCUGCCUCCUCGCUGGCCUCCGACUGCUCCCUGACCUCACUCCCAGACUCACAGAUCACAGUGAAAGGAGAGAACCCGCCCACGCCUCCUUAUAUGUUUGGAGAUGUGCUGUCGCCACCACUUGGCACAUGUGAAGUCACGGUGGCCUCUGCACAACUGUCCCGGCCACAGUCCAAACUGCCUCCUCAGCAACACCAAACAGCAACCCACAACGGCAUGGACGCACAGGCCACAGUCCACCCCACUGCGGCCACGAUCAAAGCCAGUACCAUCCUGAGCAGUAAGCCUCUCAUCCAGCCCAGACCUGUGUGUGUAGCGGCUCUCCCCGUCCCCCAGGCUCCGAGUCCAGCCAAGGCCCUCAUACUGCACAGCCUGCCUAGCAGGGACCAGAGCAGGCCUGUGGUGCUUUCCCAGUCAGUCUGUCUGGGGUCCGCGCCAGCCAUCGUCAAAAUGGAGCCCGGCUCCCCCACCAUGCCUCACUGCCAUAGCCCCACGGCCCCAUUCCCCAGCAAACCCAUAGUCCCGGCGUCCUCUCUGCCAGGGAGCAACUGCAACGGCAUGGAUGUGAGUGUCUGUCAGUCGCAUGUCAGUCAGUCAGUGAGUAGUUCUCUUUCACGCUCUUCUUCAACCGCCGCCUUACCCCGGGCUUCACUGUCAGAUCACACACCCAGUUCUGCCAUGAUUAACUGUCAUGCGUUCUCCCCUCCGACCGGGUCUCAGAUGAAGGUGAUGAAGAGGCAGCAGCGGAUGAUCAAGAACCGGGAGUCGGCGUGCCAGUCACGCAAGAAGAAGAAGGAGUACCUGCAGAACCUGGAGGGCCAGCUGAGGGAGGUGCAGCAGGAGAACGAGCGCCUCCGCAAGGAGAACCAGGCCCUGAGGGAGAGGCUUGCCGGGAAAGAGGGCAGUGAAUCUGGUAACAACAAGAGGGCCGUCUGCGUCAUGGCAGUGCUACUGUUCAUGACCUUCAGUUUGGGCCCUGUCAGUAUCACAGACAGGAAGCUGGAGACGGAUUUACAGGAAGAGGUGGUCCCUCACACAGGAAGACAUCUCCUGGAGUUUGAGACGGCUCAGGAACACAGCAGAGUGGAGGAAAGGAUAGAUCCUGAGGAGGAGGGAGGAGAGGAUGGGUGGAAGGGAGGAGAGGUGGAGAGGGAAUCCACCGAUUCUUACCAGUUUAGGAACCUGAGUGACGUGUUCAGCGACGUGAAGGACCUGGUCCUGCAGGACAUCGACCGCUAUUUCACCUCCAAUGACUGCAGGCAGUUCAACCGCUCCGAGUCCCUCAGGCUGGCGGAUGAGCUGAGAGGAUGGGUCCACAGGCACCAGAUCGACAGGAAGAAGUCUGGAGGGAAGCCAAAGAUGGUGAAAAAAGCUAAAAUAGCACAGAAAGCGCAGCUUAGGAAGACAAACAUCUCCAGAUAUCUUCCCAUUCAGACCCAUCGUUCCAUUGACAGUCAGAUACAAGUGUUCCCUGCUGGUCCAGAGAUCAGCUACAGUGACUUCAUGGACGCCAUCGACCGGCGUGAGGACACCUUCUACGUGGUCUCCUUCAGACGGGAUCACCUGCUGUUGCCAGCCAUCAGCCACAACAAGACCACACGGCCCAAAAUGUCUCUGGUGAUGCCGGCUAUGUCUGUCAACGAGAGUUUAUAUAACAAAUCCCAGGGCUAUGAGAUGAUGAUGCAGGUGGAUUGUGAGGUCAUGGACACCCGGAUCAUCCCCAUCAAAGCCUCCGCUGUUCCCCCGUCCCUCCGCGACCCCCCUCCCGCUCCCCCCGCCCACCAUCACCACAGCAACCACACCUCCCUCCGAGGCCGCCACCAUCCCCACACCGGCGGAGCGGCGUCUCCACGGCAACCCUUACCUGCCAGAAGACAGGAGGCCGAGUAUUACAUCAGCCAGGGGGGGCGGGGUCUGAGGUUAGUGAAGGUGAACAAAUGAGAGGGGGAUUGGAGGAGAAAGGAGAGGGUAGUGGAAAACAGGAAGGAGAGGGUAAUGGGAGAUUGAAGAAGUGAAAUGGAGAGGAGGACUUAAUAAGGGAGAGUAGGAGGGUUGUAGGAGGCAAAUCUGUCAGGGAAUUAUGGAGGACAUCUGUACUAAUUGAAACAAAUGAUGAACAAUUAAGUUACGGUGCCACAAUGUUGAAACGUUGUCCCAACAACUCAAAACAAAUGUGUUUAUUCUACUGAAGACUCAAUAUAUUAAUAGUCCAAUGAGUAAUACCCACUUCACAAACCUGAUCUGUUCAAUAUAGAAAAAGUAAAGGUUCCUAACUAAAUUUCUUAAUAUAUACUUUUUGAAAACCUGCCCAAACAUAGACCUAGCAGUUCACUGCACUUAGACACAGCGCAGAAUUAAUCACUGAAAUAUAUACAGCUAAUGGUAGUGGACUGCUCACGGUUUCAUUUGAGGACCAUUUUUUGUGGAGGUUCCGUUUUGUAUAUUUUGUGUUUUAUCGCUCUCCAUUGAAAUUCCAUUCAGAGGGCUCCUGCAGAAAAUUCAGGUCAGAUGCUAGUCAGCUUAGAUUGUGUUUUUUGUUUUAAUUUUAUUAUGUCAAAUGUGUUUGGAUUUGAAUGAGGAUUAUUUAACUUGUGCUUAUUGUUUGUAAAUAUCAAUAGUAGCUUUUGAGAUUUUUUUUUUUUUUUUAAUUCAUAGCUAUAUUUUGCUCUGUCCUCUAAACCUCAUCUUAUGGGCACAAACCUUCCGUUCCUAUACUCCAGAAGUUAACACGUUAAGUAUUUGGAUCGGCCUAAAUAUAUUUGCUUUGAAUGCAGACGACCACCUUGAUCAUACAGUGUGUUGUGUGUUUGUAUAUACUUGUCAUUUUUUUUAUCACUUGCACAAAGUCUUGCAACAUCAAGCUUGAUCCACUGUAUCUCCAUGUAAUUAUAGAGAAUAUUAUGGAGAAUAGCAACAGAUUUGUUAGUACGGGAAAAAAAUAUAGGCUGUGUUAACAUCUGAAUACAUUCUCAAUGUCAUCAGCAAUAUAGCGAUGUUAAAUUACAGACACAUCAUCCAGGUACUCUGAAAUUCUAGAAUUGAUUGUGUUUCUUAUACACGGUAUAUGUACCGGUAAUGUAAUUCUGUAAGCAUCGUUUUCAGUUGUAUUUGGGGGUUUUACCCGCCCAAAUGCAGUCAGCUUGAGUCUUCUGACCAAAAGUGGUUUCUGAGUCUACAAUCAGAUUUAGUCAUUUUCAUUUGUAGCAAACUCUGUCUGUGAACUCUCGCUAUGUUUUGUCUGUCAUGCUCUGCCUGAAGAACUGCACACACUUCUUCAGCAAGUGUAUAUGUUUGAGAUAAUGCCGUUUUAUGGGAAUACCACCCAUUGUUUUUCAUUUUUAUAUAAAAAGUAUAAUUAUUCUUAUCAAAAGAAGUGAAAUAUUAAAAAAUACAAUUUUAUAUGAAGCUGUACAAGUUAUGUUCGGGGUGUUGGUCUCUUUUUAGUUGUAUUUCCAUUUCAGAACCCACUUUAGCCAAUGGGAAUACAGGAACACAAUGCUACUAGUGAUAUGGUGGGGUGUUGGCUCCAAGACAUUCCCUUUUGCAUGUACAUGUCAAUUCACUCUCUCACACAAACACACUCGCCACACACAUGCUCAUUAUAUGUACACACACACACAGCAAAAUUUAAGCAUGAAAAUUGGUGGUUGUAAUGGUAGCAAUGUACAUAUGGUCAAUGCCUCCUUUUUUUCCUUAAAUGAAUUUCUAACUUUAAAAAUGAUCUUUCUCUGAUUAUACGAGAAGUUUGAACUGCUGCCUUUGUGUUUGUAGAAAAUGAACAUGGAAUUUUAUAAAUAAAGCGAUUUUUAAAGUCA